UGGCUUUCGUUACCCUCAGAUGUCGGCCAGCACGUGCCUAUCCUGGUAUUCGAGGAAUAUCGGGAUCGGGAUGUGUCAAACACAGAUUAGAAGCACAGUAGCCUUGUGUUCUCACUGCAGAAUUUGAUUCAUCCACAAUAUCCUACAAGCCAACACGGAUUAGAAGCACAGUAGCCAAAAUGUAAUAUACCUGUACAACUAAUUAUGAUAUGCAUAUAUGCUUAAGUUCCUAAUAUUAUAUGAAAUAGUUAAUUAUGAUAUGUACAAUUAUAGUAUGCUGAAUCAUUAAAGAUUUAACUUAUCUAUGAAAAUCAGCUGCAUGGUUAAACACUGCAGAGGAUCAAAAUUCUUAUUCUUAGAAUUACUAAAUUUACAUAGUCAUAUCUUUUUCCGCCUAUUACAUUUAUGUUUUUUUUUCCUUUGUUUUAUAAUUGUUUAGUUAUGGAAGGAGCUAUCAUUGCGAAGUGCACUUUUGAGAGCAAGACCCUUUUAAUUCCAGUAUUUAAUCAUACUAAUUUCAAGGAUAUUGCUGAACAAAUUUGUUCCCGAUUUGUGGGAUUAAGUCUUGAAGUCAUGGAGUUGAAGUACUCUCUAGGAGAACACCAAUCUUGUUUACUGCAAUCUGACAUGGAUGCGAGUGUAAUGAAAUUUUCAUGUUGUGCUGAAAACAUAGCAUCUAUUCCUGUCAGUGUUUCCAUGGUUGAACCAGUUGAGCAACAUGAUCCCAUUUCUUCCCUACAUGAUAAGCAUAUUUUGACAUAUGAAGGCUUAAACCCCUCAGAUGAUCGUGCAGAUUUAGGGAAGUUUGCCACUCCUCAUGGGAAGACAUAUUUGUCCCAUGCUUGGAGAAACUACAUUAGCCAUGUUGGUCAAGUCCAGGUGGUGUCAAGGAGUUUAGACAAAGAUUGAUGAAGUAUGCAAUUGAAAAGGGUUUCAGGGUUUUUCCCGCUAGCUUUUGGCAUUGUGGACUCUGAAAAUGAAAACAAUUGGACAUGGUUUCUGGAAAAUUUAGUAGAGAUAUUGCUUCCCCAAGGUCGUACAGUUACAUUCAUAUCAGACCGCAAUAGAGGUUUACUUGAAGCUGUUUCCAGCGUUUUUCCAGAAGCACCACAUGCAUUCUGCAUGUUUCAUUUGAAAUUGAAUAUACAAAGUAAAUAUCCAAAGCAGAUGGGUUCUGGUUAUGGUAAAGUCAUUGCUAACCUGUUCCAAAAAUGUUGUUAUGCUCCAUCCCAACUUGUGUUCGAUCAGGAAAUGAAAACUCUCAUCAAGGAUGGUGGUACAAUAAUUCAGAAAUUUUUGCAAAACACACCCAAAGAAAACUGGUCCAAUGCCUACUUCAGGGGAAAAAAAUAUGGUGAGAUGUGCUCUAAUAUUGCACAAUCUUUCAAUUCUUGGAUUUUGGAUGAACGCAAGAUGCCAACUUACCAAAUGAUUGAUAACAUACGUGUGAAGUUGAUGGAGAUGAGUUCUGAUAGGCAACGUGAAGCCAAAAGAUGGACCUCACCAAUAUGCCCAACAAUGGAUGACAAAAUGAUGAAAAUGGUUGAAGUUGGAAGACAUUGGAAUGUGUGUCGUUCAAGUGAACAUAUUUUUGAAGUCAGAGAUGAGUAUUCUGUCAUGGUGGACUUACAAAGUCAUACUUGUUCUUGUUAUCAAUGGCAAAUUAAAGGGUUCCCUUGUGCACAUGUUUUGGCUGCUAUUUUGAAAGAUGGAGGUAACCCAUAUGAUUAUGUCGAAGAUUAUUUCACUACAAAUUUCUUUAAGUCUUCGAUAUUUUAGUUUACU